GUCCACGACAUACAUGCAUUAACACACGAGUAAAUGAUGAAUUCACAAUUUAUGAAUAGGUGACUGGAUCCUAAUCAACUAAGCAUAGAUCUAAGCGUAGAUAGCUUACAUCGAAAAGUAUUUAAUAACGUAUUAAAUAAUAUUAAUAAAGUAUAAUAAUAAUAAAAAAAUCCUCCUGAAUGAAUUUCACAGCUCUACACAGCGUCCCAGUCCUGCAGUGUCCACCCCCCCCACCCCCCUCUAACACUAGAGCUUGUAACAUCAUAAAAUAAGCGUGGAGCUGAAUUAAAAAUCAAACGCACUCUUAUUGUGUCCUCUCACUCAGGUAUGAGCCGCUUCAUCCGCUCGUUUCCAUGUGAACCAGCUUCCUUCACGGAGGAGCUGUGCGCACUUCAUUAUUCGUGUUCUCUCAGUGACGCCUGUUGCAGGAGAAAAGCAGCUGUACGAAAAGACAAAAGGAGGUCUUUGAAGCCAGAUUUUAAGGGAAAAUCAUCUCAGCGGUUGAGCUUGGCUUCAUACACAAGUCUGAAAUGUAGAGAAUAUAUAAUAGGGAAUGUUAACCAGAUUGCACAAGGAGGCGUGUCUUAAAAACGGCGUCUUUCAUAGAUGUUUAUCAUAGCGUGGAGCUCAGACUCCGAGUCAGUGAGGAAACCGGCUCUGCCUCCGGGCUGUGAGGGAGGUCUGGGGUGUGUUGUUGUUCACUGGCCUCUGUUUGUGCUUCUAAUCACGGGGUCAGUGACCGACAAGGGCCUUUAAUUGAUGGGUGCUUUUAUGCGAGGUGACGGAAAUGAAGUGCGGCGCAGGGGAGGGGGAAGUGGGGUGUGUGUGUGUUAUCUGCUGCAGGAGGGACAACGGGAUGAAUGUUGAUGCAGAGCGACGCAGGACACGGAGCCCACGGGAUUCUCAGGCGACGUGACCGGCUUCAAGAAACCGAUCUAACGUUUGGAUAUGGAGGAAGGGAAGGAAGGCGGGACCUGGCUGGGAAUCAGUAAACGAGGAAAACUAGCAGCUCUGACCAAUUACCUGGAACACAAGAACAACCCGGAUGCCCUGGGGAGAGGGUUUUUGCUGUCGAAUUACUUGACGGAGAACGUGGAAAGCUUCUCGUACCUGCGCAAGGUGGCGUCUGAGGGUCAGCUGUACAACGGCUUCAACCUCCUCACCGCUGAAUUCAGAGCCAGUGAGGACACGAUGUGUUACUAUGGAAACAGGGGCAGUCCGGAACCUGUGCGCCUCAAAGCGGCAGGAAUCUAUGGUCUCAGUAACUCUCUGUUAGACACUCCCUGGAGGAAGAUGCAGCACGGUAAACAGCGCUUCAGCAGCGUGGUGGAUAAAACACUGCCCCCUGAAGGCCUGGUGCAGGAGCUGCUACAAGUCCUCAACGAUGAGGAACUAAACACACCUGACCCCAUGCAGGAGAGUCAGGGUGAAGGCUACCACAAGGACUGGCUUAGAGCUCUGUCUGCUGUGUGUGUGCGUGCUCCGGGUUACGGCACCAGGACCAACACCAUCAUCCUGAUCGACAGCGAGGAUAACGUCAGCUUCACCGAGCGCACCAUGCUGAACUGUGAUGUCACCCAGUGGAGCACACGAUCCUUCCAGUUCAAGCUGCAGGAAUGAGCGUGCCUCGCCUCAACUCACCUCACCUCGCCUCGUCCCUCCUCGUCCGCUGCCACUCGUGCCUUCCUUCACUUCCAUUUUACUCUCUGACUUUUCCUACUCCAGCUGAAGGGAGGGGUUUUUAACUGCAGUUUUCUUCCAGCGAGCAUCUGGGUGUAGUUUGGUGAUUCUGAAUCUGAGGCACCGUCGCACCUGACCCUGAACCUCACGUCUGUGGUAGUGUUGAAGUUGCACUGAAUGUCAUUUUUGGCCAUGUUUUAAUAGAACUACUAUUUAUCAGUAGUGACGUGAGGCUUGUGUAGUGAAGGCUUUCUGCCAAAGAAACCAGACUUUUUCUUGUUAAUGAGGAGUUUAGUUUCUUUAGUAACCUGCUGAACAUGACAGUCUAGAAAUAGUUCAGCUCAGCUCUAGCACAACUCAGGAACUGCACAUCAUGUACGGAGCGCCGAUCACCACAAUAAACUCUCUUCACCUUCCAUUACUCAGAAACUGUGUGUUGGACAUGGCAGGGAUUGACUCUUCCCUGGAGGUUUAGCAUCAUUUGUAUUAAUCUGACUUUUGCUAGGUAGUUACAGGAUGUUUGUAUUUAGGCACACCUCUGUACUAGGCAUCAUUUCAUGCCAAAAAAAAAUCUACUCACACAACAUGCACUAAUCCCCAAAAAUAAAUAAACAUUUCCUACACAUAAA